UCACAACCUUGUCGUCAAAAAGGCGCCCCCCUCUCCUCUCCUCUCUUCUUCCUCCUCCUCCUCCUCCUCAGCCAUCACCAAACCCACACGCUUCCCAAAAUCCAACCCAAUCUCCCUCUCUCUCCCCAUUUCCCCGCGCGGCCGCGGCGCCAUGAUCAUCAAGACUCUCAAGGCGCGCAUCUUGCGCGCGCUCAAGUCGUCCCUCCCGGCGGCCGCGGCCGCGUCCCCGCCGCCGUCGCCGACCAAGCCGGGGCGAGCGGUGGGCGUUGUGGUGGUCGCGGCGGCGGCGGACGCGUUGUCGGACGACGCGUCCUUCUUUGACGCCCACGAGACCCCGACCAAGAACUCCGCGGAGCCGAUUGACGACUGGGAGCUCGUCGGCGAGGAUGGUCGGGUCGGCGAUGGUGCCGCGGCGGCGGCGGAGGAGGAGGAUUCUCUCAGGGGGUUCCCUGCCAGGUGCCCGCCGGGCGGGGAGGGGGCGGUGGUGCUCUACACCACCACGCUCCGCGGCAUCCGCAAGACGUUCGAGGACUGCAACGGCGUGCGCGCGCUGCUGGAGAACCUCGACGUCGCGUUCCAGGAGCGGGACGUGUCCAUGGACAGGGGGCUCCGGGACGAGCUCUGGUCCCUCCUCGGGGAGAAGGCCGUGCCCCCGCGCCUGUUCGUCCGCGGCCGCGACGUCGGCGGCGCGUCCCAGGUGCUUGCCCUCCACGAGGACGGCCGCCUCGUCGCCCUCCUCUCGCCGGGCACCAAGACCCGGAGCCACGGCGCCGCCGCCGCCGACGGGGGCGGCACCGGCGGCAAGUGCGAUGCCUGCGGGGGCCUCAGGUUCGUGGUGUGCCGCGAGUGCGACGGCAGCCGCAAGGUGUUCGACGGCGAGCGCGGCCGCGGCGUGCGGUGCCGCGGCUGCAACGAGAAUGGCCUCGUCAUGUGCACGCUUUGCUUGUAGCUGCGCACCGCGCACGGCGCAAGCAAAGGGUAAUUAAUUAGCGGUUAAAUUGUCAAUUACCCACCUCCCUUUUCACUUACUGUAAUGAAAUCUGCUUCUAUUUUACUAGUAAAUUACCACUCCUCUUAAUGUUCUUGAGUGUGUGCUUGAACUUAGUGGUUGGCCUGUCAUGUACAUAAACUACUUCACUACUUGCUUCAGUUAAACUACAUAUUUGAAUGUGAUGUAUAUAUGCUAGUUUAGAUGUCAAUUUCAGAACCUUUAA